UUGUUUCGUUUGCCCUAAUCGCCUGCGAGCGAGAUCUGGCUCUCUUAUCCUGAAGAACUCAACCCCCUUCCCCUGAUAAAUCCAUAUAUUCAACACCAUGUCUCCCUUCCGAAUCGUGAUCUUCCUGCAACUCGGAUCUUCGUCGAUCGGUUGAUUCAUUCGUCGUCUACGCGGUCAGAUUCGCGCUUGCUCGCUCUCCAAUUCAACUCGGUUAUCAGGUCCAGGAUGGAUCCGAUGGACAUCGUCGGGAAGUCAAAGGAAGAUGCUUCGCUUCCGAAAGCAACCAUGACCAAAAUCAUUAAAGAGAUGUUGCCGCCAGAUGUACGUGUCGCAAGAGAUGCUCAAGAUCUUUUGAUUGAGUGUUGCGUAGAGUUUAUAAAUCUCAUCUCAUCAGAGUCUAAUGAAGUUUGUAGCAGAGAGGAGAAAAGAACAAUAGCUCCCGAGCAUGUACUCAAGGCUUUACAGGUUCUUGGGUUUAGCGAGUACAUUGAGGAAGUUUAUUCAGCAUAUGAACAACACAAGCUUGAGACUAUGCAUGACUUAUCAAAAAGUGUCAAAUGGGGGAACGGAGCAGAGAUGACAGAGGAAGAAGCCUUGGCUGAGCAACAGAGGAUGUUUGCCGAGGCACGUGCCAGAAUGAAUGGUGGAGCCACUGCGCCCAAGCAACCAGACCCUGAACAAAGUUUAGAGAGCUAACCUUAGGACCUUUUAUUUUUCGUGAACCGUAGGCAAGUAUCCUCGACUUAUCCAUUUGUGCUUCUCUUAUAUGUACAAAAGAAAGAAGAAGAAAAAACCCAUUCAGUAGGGAGUGUGCUGGCCUAUGUCCAUAUGCACGCGAAGUUGUAUUUUCUUUAUGGAUCCUUGUCUAUAAGUUCAUGUAACUAGUAAGAGAUUGUCUGACUCCUGGUGCCGCAACUGUAUGUAAUUAUUUGGCUUUGUUUAGUUAUUAGUUUGGAAAAGAGUUGUGUUCUUUUA